GCGGGAGUUUAGCAAACUGUCUUCCAGGGUCCUCUGUGGGGGCGGGUUACGAAGGGGAUUCUGCGCAGUGAUUGGUUGCGGCACGAUAGGAACGUGACUUCAGGUAGUUGGAUAGUCCACGCCAGGCAGUGAUUGGUUGUCGAGAGGCGGGGCGACUCGACCACUGAAGAAGUAGCCGCCGCGGCGCGGAGAGCCAUGGGUCAGGCGGCCAAGGUUUUACAGCUCUUUAAAACAUUACACAGGACCAGACAACAGGUUUUUAAAAAUGAUACCAGAGCAUUAGAAGCAGCCAGAAUAAAGAUAAAUGAAGAAUUCAAAAGUAAUAAAAGUGAAACUUCUCCCAAGAAAAUAGAAGAGCUAAUAAAAAUAGGUUCCGACGUUGAAUUUUUACUCAGAACAUCUGUUGUACAAGGUAUUCAUACAGACCACAAUACAUUGAAAUUGGUCCCUAGGAAAGAACUCCUUAUAGAAAAUGUGCCAUACUGUGAUGCACCAACUCAGAAAAAAUGAGUUUUCUAGGAUAAACUCAAGCUUUGUAGUUUUUAAUCUUAAAUAUAUAACUCUGGCAAAAGUUUUGGAAAUGGAAAUAUUCCUCUUAGAACUGGCCUGUUGAAAAUGAAUGAAGUAUUGCAUCAUAAUUAAAUUUCACAUUAAAAGAACAUUGCUGAAAACUGCAGAACAUAGUUAAAUAUUUCUAGACAGCAUUAGAUAAGAAGACCUGUAAUUUGCAUAUAAAAUCAAAGUUUAUAAAGUAAAAUGAACGCUUAGGGAGGCAUGUCAUACUCAUUUCUCUUUGACCUUGAUGAGUAUUUUAGUCUCACCAUAACUAAGAGUGCAGUGUUUUGACAAGUUGGUGGGUUUUCCUCCCAUAUGAAAUGAAACUGUUAGAUUAAAACUAUUAGAUUAAAUUUAUGAUUAGUCCCACAAACCUUAAAUUAGUAAAAAAUCAUAGCAUAUACCAACUCUCUAUAGAAAGUGGCCUUUGUUUCCUGUAAAGCAUUGACAUUAUUUCUGUAAUUAUUCUAACAAAUAAUUAUACGCUUUCCUUUCAGAGAUAGAGUAUCUCUCUGUUCCUGUAAAGACAUUUUUUUUCAAAAGUCUUCUGAAGAUAGAUGAAUAAAAUAUCAAAAUCACCUAGGAUCACUGUGGAAUAAAUCCGAAUUUUUUUAGGAAAGAGUGACCCUUGAUCAAACUAUAUAAUAUAGCCUUAGUAGAAAUAGCUGUACUUAGACAUAGCUAGACUUUAUAAUGAAAAUGUAAUACAUGGCUCCAUUCUUUCCAUUUUAAUCAAUAAACUUAAAUGGCUUUUUUCCCCACAUGUCCCAUCCCUCCCUGACAAGAUUGGGAAUAUCACAAAACAGUUUGUCAUUGUACCCUCUAAUGGUAGGAAUUAUAAAAUUGUAUUUAAUAAUCUUCUUGUUUUUCUUUUAUCCGUGUGUCUUUACCAUUCUCUGUUCUUAGUGAACAGUGUGUUCUUUCCUAAUUCCCUGAUAAGUUUUCUCAAUAACAAUACAGAGUUUUAAAUUUUUGCAAGAUUCUUUUUUUUCUUUAAUAUUUACUUUUGAGAGAGAGCACAAACAGGGGAGGGGCAGAGAGAGAGAGAGAGAGAGAGGGCGAGUGAGAAUCCAAAAUUGAUUUUGCUCUGACAACAGGGCUCGAAUCCAUGAACUGUAAGAUCAUGAGCAGAGCUGAAACCAAGAGGCAGAUGCUUAAUCAACUGAGCUACCCAGGCACCCAUAAAAUUUUUGCAAGAUUCUUGAUGCAAGCUUUGUUUGUUGGCAAAACAUGGAUAUAUCCAUUCUGGAUAUGAAAUGUUAGGUUUUAACGUAAUUUAAUUUUAAAACAUAAUAAAAUAAUUUAAUUUUAGAAAAUCAUAGAUUUUUCUAAAUUCCUUAAGACAUAUUAUACUUAACAUUAAGCCAUCGACUAUCCUUAAUGCCUUCUAAUACUUUUGAGGAGAGUAGUUAGUAGUCUGUGAAAUGGUUUAUACAUGUCAAAAGAUUUGCUAUAUUAGUUUUUCAUCUCCCAUGUAUAUUUGUUACUUAUGUGGAAAUUAUACCUACAUAAAAAUAGAAGUUGUUUGCUAUUUGAAAUUUGCCUUUAUAAAAGUAUGCUGAAAUUUGUCAUAAUACCAUCACUGGUAAUUUGCCUGACUUACUACUGUUUCAUUAAGUAUAUUAUAUAUUUUAAGGAAAGUUGCCUGACCUAGGUUAAUUUAAUAUAUUUUAAUUAUUUCCAUAUUAUUGAACAGUUUUAGCGGUUCUUAGCUUUCUCUCUUUAAUCUUAAUUCCCUUGUUCAAUUCUUCACUCACAUUAAUUUAAAUAUCUCAACAGGGUUUUUUUUAAUAGUUACCAUUAAGAGCAAUAGAGGUUAAUAAUUCAUAGGUUUAUUUUAUUAAAAUAGUGGCUUUGAGAUUUUCUCCAAGUUACAUGUUUUAGAUAUAUAAGAGAAAAGAUCCUGUUUAUAUUAGCAAACAAAACUAUAAAAUAGAAAUAGACUUUUUAGAGGUUCCUGGAUGGCUCAGUCGGUUAAGCUGCUGACUCUUGAUUUUGGCUUGAGUCAUGAUCUCAUGGUUUGUGAGAUUGAGCUUUGCAUUGGGCUCCGCACUGCAGCGCAGAACCUGUUAGGGAUUCUCUAUCCCGUCUCUGUCUGUCCUCCUUGAGCAGAUAGAUACACACUCUCUCAAAAAUAAAUAAAUUUAAAAAAAAAAGGAAAUGGACUUUUUUUAAAAAAAGCUGUAACUUAAAAAUGAAAGAUACUAUGUUCCUAGAUGGGACAAUUGAAAAUUAUGGAAGUGAACAGUUCUUUAAAUGUUACCUGUCAAAAUCCCCAAAGAUUGGAAGUCUGUCUAAAUAAAAAUAUAUAACUUGUACACUCUGUGAAAGCUACUAUAAAUAAAGUUUACAGAAGAUACUUGCUACCAACAUAAUGAUUAAAAUAGUUAAGAUGUGGGGCGCCUUGGUGGUCAGUCAGUUAAGCUUCAGACUUCAGCUCAGGUCAUGAUGUGGCAGUUUGUGAGUUCAGAUACCAUGUCAGGCUCUGUGCUAACAGCUCAGAGCCUGGAGCGUGCUUCAGAUCUGUCUGUCUGUCCGUCUCUGUCUCUCUCUCUCUCUCAAAAGUAAACAUUAAAAAGAUAGUUAAGAUGUAAAUGUUCCUAUGACUCAGUAAAAGAUAACUCAGUGGAAAAUGAUCAAAUGAUAUAAAUUAAAAGUUCACAGAAGAAGAAAUAUUAAGCCUCACUAGUGAUCAGAGAAAUGUAAAUUAAAACAAAACGAAACAAUUUUGUUCAAAUUUGCAAAAGCUAAAGAAGCUCAAGAUACCCAAUAUUUUUAAAGGUCAUAGGGUGUGAGGAAAUGGGCAAUCUCAUAUUUCUGGAAAGGAUGUAAGUGAUAGGGCUUUUUUGAAAGGAAAAUUGACAUCAAAAUUUAAAAUAAAUAUAUUGUUCAGUCUUUAUGUCAAUAGCACACAAGAGUGCUAAUAAAUGAAUACUCAGAUAUAUUUACAGAAAUUUCUGUAACAUUAUUUAUAAUUUAAAAAAAUUGAUAAUAGCCUAAAUUUCCAAACUUGGGGCGGGGAAUUAAAGGAAAUAGAGUUCUGGGAUACUACACAGCAGUUCAAAAAUUGAUGCAAAAUAUAUAUAUUGUCAACUGAAAGAAGCAAGUCACAGUAUAUGUUCUCUAUGAAUCCAUUUACACACAAAAGAACUACUUAGCACAGGUUUGUGCAUAUACAAUAAAAUCUUGGGUUGCGAGUAACUUGUUCUGGGAGUGUUCCACAAGACGAGCAAACAUUUCUAAUAAAUACUAACUUGAUAAACGAGCAAUGUCCUGCAGUAUGUGUAGUACAUGAUGCCGAAUGUCGCAUGAUCACAACUGAGCCGAUGGUUCUUGAAAUUCACUUACAUAUACAAGUGCUUUGGAUUAUAAGCAUGUUUCUGGAACGAAUUAUACUUGUAAACCAAGGUUUUACUGUAUAUACAAAUGAAUAGAAAUAUACAUGCUUAAUGUUACUACAGUUGACCUUUGAAAAACAAGGGCUUGAACUGCACAGAUCCACUUAUACAUAGACUUUUUUUUAUAGAGUACAAUACUAUAAAUGUAUUUUCUUGUCUUUAUGAUUUUCUUAAUAUUUUCUCUAGCUUUUUUUUUUAAAAAAGAAUACAGUAUAUAAUGACUGUAUAAAAUACGUGUUAAUCAACUGUUACUGUUAAGGCCAACAAGUAGGCUAUUAGUUAUGCUUUGAGGCAUAUCAAAAGUUAUAUGUGGAUUUUUGACUGCACAAAGUUCAGCUCCCCUAACCCCCAUGUUCAAGGGCCAAGUGUAGGUAGGUAAGAAAAUGAGAUUUGAUGAAAGGACUGAUAAAUUGAGGAUUUUUAUUAGGAUAACUCUUGCAUGUUUAAAUAUUUUUUACAGUGAGUGUAUCAAUGUAUAAUUUUUAAAGGACAGUACUUAAGCUGCCAGUGAUUUAUUUAAAACUUAAUUAUGAAAUACUUCAGAUAUCAGCAUCUAGUGUAUGAGACACUCAUGAGCCUAAUUCCCACAUUUGACAGAUGUUAACAUUUUGCCAUAUUUGUUUAAAGAGCUCCUUCCUUGUGAGUCACAAAAUCUUAAAAAGUUAAAGUCCCACCUCUCUUUUCUUUCGCCUGUCUCUUUUCAGGUAUAAUUACUGUUUUACAGUUCAUGGAUAUCAUUCCCAUACUUGUUUUUAUACUUUUACCAAAUGUGCAUGUGUUCAAAACAAUAUAUAGUGUUGUUUUGUGGUUUUAAAAUGAAAAUAAAUGGUGUUAUACUUUA